CCGAUUCCUUCUCCUUCACUCCCCCCUUUAGACUCGGACCCUCUUUCUCUAUGGAGACAAUUACCAGAAAGCCACAUUCACUUCUAUCGUUUUCCAUUUUCUUGAUCUUCUGUGGAUUUACUCCAUCUUUGUCAAAGUUCAGAAUAUUAACAAGAAUAUAUAUAUAUGGCUUGCAUGAAGCUUGGCUCUAAAUCUGAAGCAUUUCAACGUGAAGGCCAAACCUGGCAUUGCACAACUGGACUUCCAAGCGACGUCACGAUUGAAAUUGGAGAAAUGUCGUUUCAUCUUCACAAGGUGCUAUCUAUUUUUUUGUCCCCAUUUUGGCAAAUGCUGCAGUUUCCUUUGUUGUCAAGAAGUGGGAAAUUAGAAAAACUUGUCCGAGAAUUUUCCGGUGACAAUGGAUCAGUUUGUGUCUUGCAACUCCAUGACAUACCUGGUGGAGCCAAAGCAUUUGAACUUAUUGCCAAAUUUUGCUAUGAUGUUAAAAUAGAGCUCACUGCUUUGAAUGUAGUCAGUCUUAGGUGUGCAGCAGAGUAUCUCCAGAUGAGUGACGAUUGUGGUGAAGGAAAUCUCAUUGCCCAAACAGAGGGUUUCCUUAAUGAAAUCUUUGGCAAUUGGUCAGACACAAUAAAGGCUCUCAAAACCUGUGAAGAAAUUCUACAAUAUGCAGAGGAGCUUCAUAUCGUCUCAAGAUGCAUCAAUUCCUUGGCCAUGAAAGCUUGUGCAGAUCAGAACUUAUUUAAUUGGCCUGUAUCAGGGUGCAAUAAUACACGGAGCACAGAAGACAGUGCCUUGUGGAAUGGAAUAUCUACUACAACCAAGCCACAACCUAUGAAUGAUGAUUGGUGGUAUGAUGAUGUGUCCUUCCUUGGUUUACCUCUCUAUAAACGGCUGAUCCAAGCUGUUCAGUUAGGAGGGAUGAAACCUGAGAACGUUGCUCGUUCCGUUGUGUUUUAUGCAAAGAGAUACCUCCCCUUGGUGAAUGAGCAAUCAAGCUUCAAGGAUGUUAACCAUGCUAAACCCGGCUCAACUAUUUCUGCCCCUUCUGAGACAGAUCAGAGGGCUCUUCUUGAAGAAAUUGUGGAGUUACUUCCCAAUCAGAAAGGAGUUACACAGACUAAAUUUCUGCUCAGACUGCUCCAUACAGCUAUCGUCUUACAUGCAAGUCCAUUAUGCACAGAAAAUUUGGAGAAAAGGGUGGGGGCUCAGUUAGACCGCGCUUCACUAGAAGAUCUUCUUAUACCAAAUAUGGGCUACUCAGUGGAGACCCUCUAUGACAUAGACUGUUUUCAGAGGAUUCUUGAUCAUUUCACGUUGAUGGAACAGGAUGCAGCUGCAGCAUCACCUUCAUUUAUAGUUGAAGAGGGGCAGCUGAUGGAAGGAGCCCAUUCACUCACAUCAAUGACAAUGGUGGCUAAUAUUGUGGACGCAUAUCUUGCUGAUGUUGCGCCCGAUGUUAAUUUGAAGUUCCCAAAAUUUCAGUCACUUGCUGCCGCCCUCCCUGAUUAUGCGAGGCCACUUUCUGAUGGCAUUUACCGUGCCAUCGAUAUAUACCUAAAGGCACAUCCUUGGCUCACAGACUCAGAGCGGGAGCAAAUCUGCAGGCUCAUGAAUUGCCAGAAGCUGUCAUUGGAGGCCAGCACCCACGCAGCACAGAAUGAAAGGCUACCUCUCCGUGUGAUUGUUCAGGUCUUGUUCUUUGAACAACUUCGGCUACGCACAUCAAUUUCUGGCUGGUUCUUUGUCUCUGACAAUCUUGAGAACUCGCAAAAUCCCAAUACGAACCUUGCACUCUCUAAAACUGAUGGUUCCAACCAAGUGGACGCUGCACAAGACAGAACUUCGAGUGUUGAAGACAUGAGAGAGCGCGUGUCUGAGCUUGAAAAGGAGUGCGAGAGCAUGAGAGAGGAGCUUAAGAAGCUGGUGAAGAUGAGGAGAAGCUGGAACAUCUUUUGCAGACGGAAAUCACAUUGUAAUUCUAAAGAAUCUAAACGUUGCAACCUAAAGCCACCAAUAUCAUCUGCUAGUGGAUCACAAGAUCAUGCAAAUGGUUAGUUGGGAAAUUGAAUUUUGAAAGCUUAAACUAAGAGGAUAAGAGGACCCUUAUUAUUUUUCGUUACCUAUUUAAUGCUACAUGAUUUCAUAUUUUCCAUUGUUGUAUUGUUUCAGAUGAUAGAUUGUACUUAAC